AUGAGUUAUAAUUCGAAUACUCUAUCUAUUAUAUCAGGGAUUAAAGAUGAUGUCAAAGAAUUACUUACUAAAAACCAAUUAAUCCAAUUAAAUAGGAUUCUAUCAGGAAGUACAAUAGUUAAUAAUAUAAAAUCAGGAGCAGUUGUGAAUACAUUAAAAUUUAUUAAAAAACCAAGUAUUGAUAAUUUAAAUAAUUUAUUAGAUUCAUAUACAGCAAUCAAAAUAUUCAAGAUAGAAAAAGGUAUAAUUAACAAAACAAGAGAAAGAAUUAAUAAUUAUUAUAAAGAAAACGAAGAUCCAGUCUUUAGUGAAUCAACAAUCCAAUUAGUAAUAUUACUGUAUCAACUAAUUAAUAAAAACAAUCCAAUGUUUACUGAUAAAGAAAUUAAAAUCAAAGGAUUAGCAACAAUAUAUAUAAUGUCUAUAAUGUUAAGAUACAUGUUUAAUUUAAAUGUCCUUCCAAAAGAAUUUAAUGAGAAUUUUGAGAAAGUAGGAGCUUUUAAUGAGUAUAAAUAUCCGAUUUAUGUAGACACAAGAAAUGGAGAUAAUGUAAAUGAGGGACUUGUACCAAAUCUAUGGGUCAAAGGAAUAAUUGUACCAUACAUUAAUGAGACUCUAUUAAGAACAGUAGAAAUUGAGUACAGUAUCAUAAUGAGCAUUCUGUAUAUUGAAGAUGUAUUAGAGAAUAUUCGAGUCAAUAUUGAAAGAGGAAAUAAAGCAAAUGAUACAUAUGAUAAGAUGAUAAAACAACAAAAAGAAUUAGAAGUAUUACAAGGGAAAUUAGGAUAUGAUUUAAACCAAGAUAUUUGGUUAAGAAAUCUAAUAUACAGAAGAUAUCCAGAGAUUUCAAGUAUUAAUAGUGAAAAGACAAUUGAUGGAGUAAUUAUUUAUCCAGAAACAAUCCAGUUUCUGAACCAAUUAGAAGAAAUCCAAAAAAUGACAUUAGAAGAAAGAUUAAGUAUAUUUGCUAAUCAUUAUAAUCAGAAUUAUAUACAAGUUCUUUCAUUAGGAAAUAGUAUAGCAUCAAGAAUAAUAGACAUGAAGAAGAUAGACAAAGAAGUUGUAAUGAAUUUAGAAGAGAUGACAUAUACUAAACCAAAGAAAAGAGUUGUUAUUAGCAAUAAUCCAGUAGAAGUAGUUGAAGGAGAGAAAAUCCGAUUAAUGAGUAAAAUAGCAAAUGAAAGUACAGAAAGAGAAGAAAGACAAAUAAUGAAUGAAUUAAUGAGCAAAGAUAAGGAGAUCAAAGAUGUGAUUGCACAAAUAGAAGAAGAAGGAGAAAUAGAAGAAGAGGAUACAAUUCCACUAGAGGAGAAAGAAGAAGAUAGUUCUAUUUCAAGAGUGAGAAUCCAUAUCUGA